AUGGUAUUCUCGAGACUGUUUCUUACAUCAACUAUUAAACGAAGCACUUCGUUAUCAAGACUUCGAUUCUAUAUUCCAAGCUAUACUCGUAUAUCAACUCCAUAUGCUGAUGUGAGAUAUGAAAGUUACGUGCAGGAUGAACGAGAGGUUUUAUUCUCGGUGGAUUACAUAUUCGAAAUCGAUUCCGUGAGUAACGACAACCAAAAUAAUCAAAUAAGUGUAGUCAAAUUAACUGUAACUGAACAAUAUGAAGAAAAGAAUGGACUGAAACUACUGCUUGAUCAUAUGAGAAUGAGAAUUAACAAUACUCGUUCGGAUACAUCUGCAAUAGCAUAUCUUAUGCAAGAAAUGGGUUACUAUGAUAAAGCCAGAUAUUAUUAUGAAUUAGAACGCAACUAUGCUGAGGCAUUGAAUUAUUACCAUAACUCACUUCGAAUUGAGUUAGAAAGCCCAAUAAAAAACCAUCUAAACAUAGCGACACUCAACAGUAGUAUUGGACCAAUUUUUGUCACACAAGGCAAACACGAUGAAGCUUUGAUCCGUUUUACCGAUGUGAGUUCAUCGAGAUCAUGGCGAGUUUGUUCGGAAUCCUUGCCUAAAAAUUAUCCAUCUGUUACAAUCACAUUAGGUAAUAUCGGAGCAAUCCAUUUGGAUCAAGGAAACUACAUAGAGGCUUUAAAGUUUUUUCAACAAGCACUUCAGAUCAACCUAGAAAUUCUCCCAAAAGAUCAUCCAAAGAUCGCCACAGCAUAUCGCAAUCUUGGUUGGAUUUAUGGCUAG